AUGGUGAGAGAAAACAAGCUGUUCGUGACGGUUCCGAGCUUCUUCAGGUGUCCGAUAUCGAUGGACGUGAUGAAGUCGCCGGUGAGCCUCUGCACCGGCGUCACCUACGACAGGUCCAGCAUCCAGGCCUGGCUCGACACCGGCCACAACACCUGCCCCGCCACCAUGCAGGUCCUUCCCUCCACCGACUUCGUUCCCAACCUCACCCUCCGCCGUCUCAUUGAGACCUGGUCUCAAUCCCCGCCGCCUCUCGUUUCUCCUUCUUCUGCCUCCAUGAAGAAAAUGCUGGACUCGAUCAAGGACGUUGGGAGAGCUACCGGAAACAGGUCGGAGUCGCUCUCGCGGAUCGCCGAUUUCGCCAGUCGCUCCGAGGAGAACCGCGAGUUUCUGUCGAGUGUCGAGGGAUUUAUUGCGACUGUUGUUGGCGUUCUGAGGAAUGCCAGUGAGAUCGAAAUGUUGGAAUCUGCUAUGACGGUCUUGGAUUUGGUUGCAUCUGAAACAAGAGCCAGAGAACAGCUUCAUAGACUGAUUCUUGACGGAAGUGGAGAUUGUUUGUCUCCGUUCGUUUCGGCUCUCCAGAGAGGCAGUUCGAAUUUGAGAGUCAGGUCAGCUAGAGUUUUGGAGUCAAUCGCGUUCGAUUCCGAGUCUCGACGCCUAAUCACGGAAAAGCAAGGGCUGUUGUACCAAAUGUACCGUUUGGCAAGCUCCGAGACCGAUAUGCCGGCGGCGAAGGCAGGCUUGUCGUGCCUGAUAGCCGUGUCCGCAUCCAGACCGGUGAAGAAGGAACUCGUCCGGUUAGGAAUCGUGCGAACCGCAGGGCAGAUCCUCUCCAGAUCGGAGGCGGAUGGACAGGUAAUCGACAAGGCAAUGAAGAUGCUGGAGAUGGUGUCGACGUGCGCGGAGGGACGGGCGGCGAUAGGCGGAGACAAGAGGUGCGUGGUGGCGAUCGUGAGGAGACUGAUGAAGGGGUCGAGGGAGGCGACCGAGAACGGGGUGGCGGUGCUGUGGAGCGUCUGCUAUCUGUCGCGCGACGGGGAGGCUCGGGAGACGGCGAUGAAGAUCAACGGCUUGGCCAAGGUUUUGUUGGUGAUGCAGAGCGAUUGCUCCGGGAUGGCCAGGAAGAUGGGCGGUGAUUUGGUGAAGCUGUUCCGAGUCAACUCGAAGUCUUGCCUGGCGAGUUAUCAGACUAAGACCACCCAUAUCAUGCCGUAUUGA